AUGAGUGCCAUCAACUCACAGGAUGAUGAAGAUACAUUUAGAAUACUUAUUGCUACUGAUAUUCAUCUUGGCUAUAUGGAGAAGGACCCAGUGCGUGGAAAUGACACGUUUGUGACUUUUAAUGAAAUUCUGGACCAUGCUCAAAAAAAUGAAGUGGACUUUGUUUUAUUAGGUGGGGACCUUUUCCAUGACAACAAACCUUCCAGGAAAACAAUACACACUUGUUUGGAGUCACUGAGAAAAUACUGCAUGGGGGAUCAUCCUGUUCAGUUUGAAAUUCUGAGUGACCAAGCAGUUAAUUUUCAUAAUAGCAAGUUUCCAUGGGUGAAUUAUCAGGAUGAAAAUCUCAACAUUUCUAUUCCAGUGUUUAGUAUUCAUGGCAACCAUGAUGAUCCCACAGGGGCAGAUGCACUGUGUGCAUUGGAUGUUUUAAGCUGUGCAGGAUUGCUGAAUCACUUUGGACGUUCAAUUUCCAUGGAGAAAAUAGAUAUUAGUCCCAUUUUGCUGCGUAAGGGUAGAACAAAAAUUGCUCUGUAUGGCUUGGGAGCUAUUCCAGAUGAGAGGUUGUAUCGUAUGUUUGUUAAUAAACAAGUAACCAUGCUGAGACCAAAGGAAGAUGAAGAUAGUUGGUUUAACUUGUUUGUGAUUCAUCAAAAUAGGAGCAAACAUGGAGCUACCAACUACAUCCCAGAGCAAUUUUUAGAUGACUUUAUCGAUCUUGUUGUGUGGGGUCAUGAACAUGAGUGCAAAAUAGCCCCAUGCCAAAAUGAACAGCAACAUUUCUAUGUUUCUCAGCCAGGAAGUUCGGUGGUGACAUCUCUGUCCCCUGGAGAAGCUGUGAAGAAACACAUUGGCUUGCUGCAUGUUAGAGGGAAAAAAAUGAAAAUGCAGAAGAUUGCUCUGGAGACAGUGCGAACUUUCUACAUGGAGGAUAUUGUUCUAGCUGAUCAUCCCGAUCUCUUUAAUCCUGACAAUCCUAAAGUAACUCAGGCAAUACAAGCAUUCUGCAUGGAAAAGGUUGAGAUGAUGCUGGACAAUGCAGAACGAGAGCGCCUGGGCAAUCCACGCCAGCCAGGGAAGCCUCUUAUACGGUUACGCGUUGAUUAUGCAGGUGGCUUUGAACCAUUCAGUGUCCAUCGUUUUAGCCAGAAGUACAUGGAUAGGGUGGCUAACCCAAAAGACAUCAUACACUUCUUCAGGCGUCGUGAACAGAAAGAGAAAAAUGACAAUGAUCUUAAUUUUGGAAAGCUCAUGAGCAGACCUACUCCUGAGGGGAUGACACUGAGGGUGGAAGACCUUGUGAAGCAGUAUUUUCAGACAGCAGAG